AUGGCUAUGGCCAACCCAGUACAUGUAAAGGGCGAUCCAGGUUCCCCAACAGAGCAGAAAAGUAACGGGGGGUCACCAAAACACCAAGCCCUUAGAAACGGAGAAAUCGGAGACUCUAGCAGAUCUGUCACAACUGAUCGGUAUGGGUUUCUUGGUGGCCAUCAGUACACAGAUCCUGAAAUGGAAAGGCGACUACCACAAGACAAACUGAGAAAGCGAGAAACAAAAUGGCUAGACAUGUUCAUCAACUGGGACAAAUGGAUGUCCAAGAGAUUUAAGAAGGUGAAAGAACGAUGCCGAAAAGGUGUGCCCCCAUCACUGAGAGCCAGGGCAUGGCAGCAUUUAUGUGGGAGCCAUUUUGUCUUAGAACAAAACAGGGGAGUAUUUGAGGAGUAUCUGAAGAUUUCGGGAGACCCUAAAUGUAUUGAUGAUAUUCGUAAGGAUCUGGACAGGCAGUUUCCUUUGCAUGAGAUGUUUUUAUCAAAAGGAGGUGUUGGGCAAGAAGCGUUGUUUCAAGUGCUGAAGGCGUACUCAAUCCAUCGGCCAGUGGAAGGUUACUGCCAGGCACAAGCACCUAUUGCAGCCCUUCUCCUCAUGCACAUGCCAGCCGAACAGGCAUUCUGGUGCCUUGUAGCUAUCUGUGACAAGUACCUGACUGGAUAUUACAGUCCUGGUCUUGAAGCCAUACAAUUAGACGGUGAUGUCCUGUUUGGCCUUGUGAAGAAAACGUCCCCUUCUAUAUAUAAACAUAUGAAAAAGCAACAUGUUGAGCCCAUUCUGUACAUGACCGAGUGGUUUAUGUGUGUCUACACCCGGACUCUACCCUGGACCGUUGUACUUAGAUUAUGGGAUCAGUUUCUGUGUGAAGGAGUAAAGGUUUUGUUCCGUACUGGGCUGGUGCUGUUGAAAGUUGCCCUGGAAGGACAGGACAAUCUGUCGCAGUGUCCCACAAUGUAUGAAACACUUGAGAGAUUGCGACUCAGGAAACUACCCCCAGAACUUCAAGAUGAGGACUUCUUGUUUAGAGAAUCACUUCACCUGGGAAUAAGUGAACGAGACAUGGAAAGAGAGCACAGGAAACAGAUUGAGAGGCGCAAGGCAGCUCGAGAAGCCAAGGAGAAGGAAAAUUCCUCAGGUAGCCAGAUCGGAUCAAUGAGACAUCAAGAGAGGCCCAAGAGAAGAUCAUAG